AUGGGCGCGUCGAAUUGUCAAGUGUCGGGACCGUCCGCAAACUUGUGUCAGCUCCACUAUAUCAGUGGAUUGCGUGACAGCGACGCUCUGAGUAGAAUUAUUGGCUGGGCUCACCCCGAGUUAAUCGCGCUCCUGAAGCACUUUGCCAGCGUCGCGAAACAAUUCGGCUUCCGCAACCCGUUGAGUUACCAACAGAGGAAGAACCCUCAACCCACGAAAACGACGAUGCCGAAGAAGCAAAAAGUGGAAGUGGCGAUUCCAGGGAUUCACCUUGCCUCCACUGCGGCAGCUGCAUGA